GUCCGAUCCAACCCGGUUUAACAGAUGGAAGUCCGAGCCGAACCGGUCGUAUGGCCGCCCCCUGUCACUAACGAGCGGACUUAAUCCGUCCUUCCCAUCGUUUAAUAUCCGCCUAUCAGUUCAAUGACGAGCAUUUGAAAGUGAUUUGGGAAUAAUACUUGCGGGCAAAGGACUGAAGACGAAGUAAAUAAUCUCAACUCUGUCCUCUCCCUGUCGCUCGCAGUCUUCCCCUUCGAUCGAUCCAUCCAUUCGGUUCUUCCAUCUGGUCUGGGGCUAUUCGCGGCGUCACACUCUCUCGCUUUCGAGCGAUCUUACGAAGCUGGGAUUUGCUCAAAGGGGGCGAGGGAAUAGUUGUUAGUGGAGUCAAAAUGAUCGGGAGUUUUAUAACCAGCAGCCUUGCGUUGAUUCUUGGAUAUGCUUAUCCGGCCUAUGAAUGCUUCAAAACCGUGGAGUUGAACAAGCCCGACAUUGAGCAGUUGCUGUUUUGGUGUCAGUACUGGAUUUUAGUUGCUGCCCUGACUGUCUUUGAGAGAGUGGGAGACAGUUUUAUUUCAUGGUUACCUAUGUAUGGCGAAGCAAAGUUGGCAUUCUUCGUGUAUCUCUGGUACCCAAAAACAAAGGGAACAACAUAUGUUUAUGAAACUUUCUUUCGACCAUAUGUCGCAAAGCAUGAGAAUGACAUAGAUCGCAACUUGCUUGAGCUGAGAACCAGGGCUGGGGAUAUUGUAGUCCUCAAUCUCCAGAAGGUUGCAAGCUAUGGCCAGACAAGGAUUUUUGAAAUUCUGCAAUAUGUUGCCUCUCAAUCACCCUCACAAUCAUCAAGAACUCGCCCUGCUCAGCAAGCACCACAACAGAUCGGUCGAACAACAUCAACAGGAACUUCUUGUGAGCCCACUGAGCAACUUAAGCAACCUAAAAUUGUACCUUCCAGUCCCACAAGGAGGCAACCUCAAAAACCCUUAAAGGCAGGUGUUCCUCCACCACAGUCUGUUGCCCAGCUCCCAUCUUCAUCGGGCCUUCCCAUUCAACCCAAUCCUGCAACCAGUGACCUUCAGCCGCCAACAAGCAAAAGGGAAGGAUUGCAGGUUGGAGCGGCCAAUGUCAUGGACAAGGAGAAACCUGAGGAUGACCCUAAUUGUCCCGUCCAAGAGACACCUAUUGAAGAGGCUAUCCGUGUGACCCGUUCCAGACUGAGAAAGCGAGCUGCUACUUCUGGUCCUUCAGCCCCUUAAGACUAUUCCUUGAUUUUUCAUCCAUAUUGGGAAAUGAUGUUGAGACUGCUGUAAAUAACUUGGAAACAUCGUGAGACUGCUGUUAGCAGACAAGUAGAUUGUGUUCUUUGAUUGUUUCAGCAAUGACGAUGCUUGGUGACAUUAUAAUGAAGCAAAGGAUCGUCUCCAGAGGCGGAAAGGAGUCCUGAGGAGCACAAAUAUGACAGUUUGAGGAUCAACAAACUGGGAAAGAACGUGUGAUACAAAUGUAGCGAUGGACGAUCUGCUUUCUCAUGAAUCAAACUCAUUAACUAUUUGGAGUUUGUGAUUGUGUGGGUUUCUUCUAUAGGUUGCACUGCUGCCGAAUGCUUGUUUGCUUUACUGUGCCUUGUAAUUAAUUUCCAUAUUGCGCUAUUAAUUAGCACAUCGAAGGAUUUGUGUCAAUGUUAGCGUGCUUAUUACAUUUGA